UAACCAAUGAAGUGCUUCCGUUAGUGGUUGCUAGGCGACGUCUCGCGUUCUGUUGUUGCUGUGGAUCUUGGAAGAAAAAUAUGAUUAAAAUGCAUGAUAAAUAAGCGUAUUCCCUUUAUUCAGCCACUGUUGUCAUGGUUAGGUUGAGGGCGAGGUGUCUUCUGGUCGGAGAUCCAGCAGUGGGUAAAAGUGCCCUUGCGCAGAUGUUUCACAGUGAUGGGACUCUCUUCCAGAAGAACUACAGCAUGGAACCCGGAGAAUGCCCACGCAGGCACGGGGAGAACAUGCAACUUCCCCACAGGAAGGCUGGAGCUGGGAUUGAAUCCAUUAUCCCAGAACUGUGAGGUGGACGUGCUAACCACUGUCUCAACGUGCCGCCUUCAUAAUACAACAGGAGUGGAGCUGCUCAUCAAAAGCGUCAAUAUCCCCGAGAGCAGCGACAGCGUGGAGCUUUACAUCAUCGACUCUGCAGGGAAGGAAUCCUUGGUGGAAGCCAUUGAGAAAAUGUGGGGCGAGCCGUCUUUGGUGUGCCUGGUGUUUGACCUGACCAGUGAGCGCUCAUUUGGCAACUGCAGUCGGUGGAUGGAUCGGGUCCGCGCCCACUGCAGGGGUCUCCAAGUUCCCGGGGUUUUGGUUGGCAACAAGUGCGACCUGUCAGCUAGGAGGGAGGUGCAAACAACCAUCGCGCAGGAGUGGGCCCAGAGCGAGGGGCUAGAGUACCAUGAAACCUCUGCUAAAGAGAUGGAGAACUCUGAGGUCCCACUCCUAAGCUUAGCCCGUGCUUUUCACUCUCUCUACCAGGAACGCAGAGAGACCAUACAGAACCUGCGUCAAGCGUAAAUCCACACACAAACAGAAAAAACUCAAAAUAUCUUGAAAUGAGCACAAAUAAAACUUUUUAAUAUGAGCUAUUUUUUGUUAAUGCUGUCAUCAUUUUCAUGCAGUCACAACCAGAAUCUCUCAUGACAAAACUCAGCUUCUUCAAUUGUCAAGAUGGCACCCAGUGUGUUUAAAAUGUGUAUUUGACAUACACCUGUGUUAGGGGUUAGAGCCAAGGUAUGUAUUUUCAAGUCGGCUCUCAAGAAAGUGUUUCAAGCCAGGGUUAGAAAUCUUAGGAUUUAAAACCAAAAUCAAUGUUUUCAAAGUAGGGUUUUGGAAAAGGGUCAGGGUUUUAAGUUAGAGUUAGAGCAAUCCUGAAAAACAGGGUAAUAGGGUUACAAAUUUGGUUUUUAAGUCUCCGGCGUUUAUGGCUUUUACGCAUACUAUGGUCAAAACAGGUUACAUACGGUACACCAACAGAGCAAAAUAGUGAAAAAUGGCAGAAAACACUCAGGUGACUUGAAGUUCUCUUCUGAGACCCCCAAUUUGGCCAAUGUCCUAUAUGAAAGUGUGAUGCAUCAUUGGAAAGCUUAAAAUCUCAAUUUUCUGGGGCAAGAAAAAUCUUGAACAAGAGGUCAUUAAAAAUUUUUUUUUUUUUUAAACCGCAAAACCCUAACUGGAGGUGAGUCAAUGAGAGAGCAUAAUUAAAGACGCCAAGAUUUUAACGAGAUAUUAUUGCGCACUUACCUCUUUUCGAUCCAAAAACUCCAUGUAGCAUGUAUCACCGAGUGUGAGGACACAGCCACAGCUGGAUUUUGGGGGGAUUUUAUGGGUGAAACACGGUAAUAUAACAAGGGUCGCAAUGCAGAAAUCGCAGACAUCAAGAAGUGGUCGAGAUUUUAUUUUUCAAAUAUUUACCCUUUGAAACUUUUUUUUUUUUUUUUCUUUGUUUGGAUGGAUUAUUUAUCAUCUAAAAUAUUGGGGAAAAUGCGACUAACAAAAAACAUACAAUUAAGCGAUAGUUAUGAGGUAGAUCUCCGUGACCUUUUUAGACACCAUUUUUUUCAUUGUGACGUAAUUUGUUUAAAAGUUUAAAAUAUGCGAGUGAAUAAUAUUUUAAAGACGUUUUUUCGCUUUGGCCUGGGGAGUCAAGUUCAGCAUUCGUUUCAAUGAUAUCUGGCGCCAUCUAACGUAUUGAAUGGGUAUAAUGUCUAGACCUCGAAUAUAAGACGACCCCCACUUUUUCAGUCUUGUUUCAAUGCCAAAAACAUCGUCUUAUAUUCGGGCCAAUACGGUAUUUGUUCCCCUGAGAAUUAGCGAUAAUUAUGACACCCUAAGAGUUGUCAGACUUCCAUUUAAAAAGUCCACCUUUCCUCCAUGAGGUACUAUCCAACACCACCUGUUUGAGCUCAAUAUUGUCACCUGUGCACCCCACAGUCAGUCAUAAUCCAACUGCUACCAUGGGCAAGACGAGCGAGCUUUCGCAAGACACCAGAGAAAAAAGUGUUGAGCUCCACAAAGCUAGAAAAGGCUAUGGGGACAAUUGGAAAGCAGCUUGGUGGGAAUAAAUCAACAGUUGCACCAAUUGUUAGAAAAUGGAAAAGGCUAAACAUGGCCGAUAAUCUACCUCGGACUGGGGCGUCAUUAAAAUCUCUCCUCGUGGGGCAUCACUCAUGAUGAGAAAAGUAAGGGCUCAGCCUAAAACUACACGGCAGGAUCUGGUCUAAGACCUGUAGAGAGCUGGAUGCACAGUUUCAAAGGCUACUGUCAGUAGAACACCACGGUGCAAUUGUUUAAAAUCAUGCAUUGCUCAGAAGGUUCCCCUGUAGAAGCCAGUACAUGUGAAGGCCCGUCUGAAGUUUACCAGGGACCAUCUGAAUAAUGCAGAAGGGUCAUGGGAAAAAGUCGUGGUCAGAUGAGACCAAAGUAGAACUUUUGUGUACAAACUUUACUCGUCGUGUGUGGAGGAAAAAGAAGCAUGACUACAAUCCCAAGAACAACAUCCCCACAGCACGGGGGAGGAAACCUCAUGAUUUGGGUCUGCUUUUCGUUAAAGAGGACAUGAUGACUGUACUGUAUAAAGCAGAGGAUGAAUGGUGAAAUGUAUCGUCAAAUUUUGAGCCUCAAACUCCUUCCCUCAGUCAGACUUGGAGAUGAGUUGUGGCUGAAUUUUCCAACAUGACAAUGACCAAGGAGUGGUUGUGUAAAAAGCAUAUCAACAUUCUGGAGUGGCCUAGCUGAAAAUUUGUGUUUCUCAACGUCAGCGCCGAAACCUGACAGAUCUAGAGAAGAUUUGUGUGAAGGAAUGGACCAAAAUCCCUGUUUCCUUAUGUGAAAACCUGGUGAAGAACUACAGAAAGCGUCCGACAUCUGUAAUUGCAAAACAAGGGCUUCUACACUAAAUAUUAGCACUGAUUUUCUCAAGGGUACAAUCACUUAGGAACCCCAGUAGAUAAAAAAAUUAAUUAUUGAAAAAUCAUACAAUGUGAGUUCCAGAUUUUUUUUUAGAUUAUGUCUCAACUAAGGGACAUACAUCUAUGAUUGAAAUCUCAGAUCGUUGCCUAUUUUCUGAGUGGGUGAACUUGCAAAAUAACAAGGGGUGCAAAUACUUCUACUCCUCACUGUAUAUUUAUAUAAAUGGUUUUUCAGCACUGCAAAUGUAGUCAUGAUGAUAUAAAUAAGUAUAUACAAUGGGGCAAAUAAGUAUUUAGUCACCCACUAAUUGUGCAAGUUCUCCCACUUGAAAAUAUUAGAGAGGCCUGUAAUUGUC